AUGUUCUCCGACCGGUGGUCGGUUCUGCCCGCCGGCCGGUCACGUCGCCGGCGACAUUGCGGGCGGUCGGAGCCUCGGAGCUCAGUCCGGUCAGCCCUCUACCAAAUCCUGCGCAGCAAAGCAGUCACUAGACCCCCUCCCUCGACUGAGCUACUGUCGUCGGUCCCCGAAGAGCCUCUCUCGCCUGUAGAGGUCGCUCGUACCCGUCUGCUUUGCGGGGUGUGCGGGCGUAGUAGGCUCGGUAAGGGGCGGCCCUCAGCAGCUCAGCGACCCUCGUGCUCUGUGAUCCGGGGCAGGCAGGCAGGCCGCAGGAAAAAUUUCGGUCAGGGUUCGGUUUUUAUCGGUAGAGCAGAGGAUAACUGCACGCUUUGA